UCCCGGAGGAGAUCAUCAAAACAUUAUUUCGACUCACACCACAAUCGGACAACAGCGCGAUGUCUUUGACCCAAGAGUCCGUUUUGUCUUUUUUACUGGAGCGAGGGGGCAAAGUGAAGAACGCUGAUCUACUCGCCCACUUCGGCGUUCUCAUCAACGGCGCGUCGCCCGCGGAAAAGCAACACAAUAGGGAGCUGUUCAAGAAGUUGGUCAACAGCGUAGCCGUGGUUCGCCAGACGGACGGGGUGAAGUUCGUGGCGGUCAAGAAGCGGUACCAGGAUUUUGUGAAAGAUGUGCUGCAUGAGACUUUGUCCUAUUCAAACUCGACUUUGCAAAUUGGUCAUUCAGACGUGAAAAAUACCAGUGCGUCGCACGUGAACUUGCAAAGAAGUAAGUCAGAAACUACUCUCAAAGUGCUGAACAUUUGUAGAGAUCAAGUAGGCAGCAGAUCUUCAGGAGCUGUGUUUGCCGUAGUAGCGGUCACCUCUCCUUCUAAAGGGAAACCGCAAUCUACAUCCCAACAUGUUCCAGCUUACAAUGAAGACAAACCCCUGCAAAGUUGGAGAAACCGUCACACCGAUGACCAGAAGAAGAGGCAGGCCGACGAAGCCGAGUGCUGCGGGUCGGUACCCCUCGACCCCCUGGUCCACGAGUGGCUGGUGAAGUGCGCCGCCGGGCUGUGGGGGCAAGUCCACGCCAUGCUCCUGCAGGACGCCCGCCUGGUCCAGAAGAAGGACUUCAUGUCAGGCUUCACGGCGCUGCACUGGGCUGCCAAGGAUGGAAAUGGCGAGAUGGUCCACAAGCUGAUGGACAUCGCCCGUAGGAGAGGGGCACAUGUUAACGUUAACAGCAAAGCUCACGGGGGCUACACACCUCUACACAUCGCCGCCAUACACAACCACACAGAGGUCAUGCUUCAACUGGUCCAACGUUACGGCGCAAGUGUUGACGAGAGGGACAACGACGGCAAGAAGGCCCGCCACUACCUGGGGGCCGGUGUGUCAGCGGAGGUCAGAGCCCUCGUGGGAGGUGUGCAACUAUCUAAAUACUGGAACAAGACGGACGACGAGCAUUACCGGGAGCAGCCGAAAGGUCUCAACACUAUCAGUAAGCUGUUCCAGCCUCACAGGAAGCAGAAAUGUGCAACAAGACUCACGAUUGACGCAUGAGACUCAGCAGUGUUUCCUUAUCUUCUGUCUGUUAUGUACCCUAUACACACAUUGGAUAUGGUUAAUAAUUUUUUUUUAUUUUGUAUAAAAAAAACAGAAAACCCACACACCCACUUUUUUGUUGCUACUGCUAUUGACUUUUGCUAUAGCUGUUGUUUUUAAAUCAUACUUGGAUUGGUGUAACAAAUGGUUUUAUAUGAUUAGUGGAUAUGAAAGUUCUGUGACAUUUUAUGAUCUUUUCAUCGUGGAACUGGAAUCGUUUGAAAAUGCAUUUGCAUUUUGAGGGGACUUGUAUGGGGUUGAUUAUGCAGAUCAGGUCAUUUUCUUGGUGGACUUGCGGUUGUCAUGGAUACAGGAGCAUGGGCCCCAUUUUCUGGCAAAAGAGUUGCAUGGAGCCUCCAGAGUUGUAGAUGGGUUCUGGAUUAGACACGAAUGACAUAUUUUCAUUGAAAUUGGUCUCAUGAUUUGUUCAAGAACCAAUGAGAUGUUCCAGUCUUGUCACAGUUUUACUUGGAAGUGCCACAAUACAAAAUAAGUAUUCUGUCUGUAUGAUGAUUCACUAAUCACUUAAAAGGGCAAACAAUAGCUGUCAUUUGUAAUGUUUUUUUUAAUUCAAAUUGUUUGGUCCUUUCAUGGCUUUGAAAAGUUAAAGCUUUGUUUUCUAUCAAUAUCUCCCCAUUUUCUGAAACGAUUGUCCGCAUGAGAGUCAUAGGUGAGCUGGAGCCCAUGCCUGCUGACUUUGAGCAAGCUGGCUGCAAUGCCAAUCACAGGGCCUAUAUAAACACAAAUAA